AACAGUGUAGCGGCAGACGCUUUCUUUAAAUUGUCUUGUUCUUGUGUUGGUUAUAUUUGGUCAGUUUUUCCGUUAUUAUAAAAUCGUUAACUAUAUAUAAGUGGCCUAUAUUCAAAGUGUGCUCUUUGACUACAAUAACAUUAAGCUAAAAGUUGAAAACAUCUUAUGAUUUUAUUGCAUUAACUAAUUUAUAGCUAAUCACUAGUGCUACUUUGCCAGCAUUAGCAUCAUAACAAAACACAAAAUCGUAUUUUGUUGUAAUUCCCGAACACUCCUUGUAAUUUAUUUUAUUGAAGUCAUGUAUUAAUGACUUAAUACCUUGAGUAAAAUAUAACUUCUGUUUCGUGACCAGUAACUUCGUUUGAAGUAACUAUUAUGGAUAAACUCGUCGCUUUAAAAUUAGCUGAUGGAGAAACUGUUGACGCAGGAGCGGAUAAAUGCUACAUCUGCCUUUGUCCAUUUGAGAAGCAAACGGUGGGCUCAUUGGAUCAAUGCCCUCACGUUUUUUGUUUUCAGUGCAUCUACCAGUGGUCUCAGACAGCCAACACAUGCCCUGUAGAUCGGCUCAGCUUUGCUUUUAUCCACCAGAGACGGUGUCCUGGAGGGAACAUUCAGAAAAAGUUAAAAGUGACGCCACGCAGAAAUGACGAUGAACCUGAAGAGGACUGGAGAAACAUAGUAAUAUGCGAGGAAUGUGGGCGCAGUGGCUGCACAGACCGACUGCUGGUUUGCAGAUUCUGUGACUCUGGGUAUCACAUGGACUGCUUAACGCUGCCUCUAGAAAGGCUCCCUGAAGGAGACUGGAUGUGCCCCGAGUGUGUGAUCACUUCUAAGAACACAGAGAGCUUUUUGGCAGAGGAGGAAGACAUCAGUGAUGGGGAAGUCACAGACCUCCUUGCUGACAUGGACCAACCUCCGUCUACAAGUAGUCGUCUCCGGGCAUCAACUGUGAAUCGUCCUAGCAACGCCACAGAAAGACGGUGGAGUGUGAGGCUCCAGAGCAGAGGAGAAAGCACAAGUCUUUAUCGACGCCCCGAAACCUCAUGGCAUGUUCCUAAAUACCUGAUACGUGCAUCUAAGCCUCCAGUAACAACUGUAGGAUCUGAAAAUCUUCAAGGUGUCAAUACGACUUCAGACAAAAAGAAAAAGAAAAGAAGGAAGACUGUAGCUUGAAGAACCAACAAGCGGAGGAGGUUUUUCAACAUUCAGUGCCUGAAAAGACUUACCUUAUACCUUGAAAUGGUACCAGCAUGUGUGGCCACAAGGUGGCAGCAUUGUGUCAAGAUUUUAAAAAGUCUGAACCUGAAUGAGCCUUUUUGUUUAGUUUUAAUACAUUUGUUAAAUCUGUUGCUUGACUUUUUUUACUUUUCCCUCCUUUUUGCUCAGUGACUUUUAAGACUACAAAAGAGAAGAGAACUAGUACAUUAUUUGUGUAUCUAUAAGCAGGCAGAAUGCAAAGUUUAUGAAUUUAAGGAGGAUGCCAGUUCCUGCCCUCAGGAAAGGGAAAUCCCUUUAUAAAUACAUUGAAUACAGAACAGAGAACCUCAGAAAUUAUGCUAAAAGCUAAAUAUCUGGGCAGCAGAGAUGAUAUUCCACAAUAACAUGUCCUGGAUGAUACCAUCAGUUGUUGGCAACCACUGCUAAUCUGCCUCAUUUGUUUUUAUUACUCAGUUUUAAAACUCUGUCUGGCUUAUGGUUAGAAAACUGGACCGAAAGAUGUCAGAGUAGGGGAUAUAAUCUUUGUCAAUUAUGAUUGAUGGAAGAGAUGGUUUGAACUUCCUCCUUAGCCCUCUACUACUGGAUCCACAAUCAUGAAUUCUUGUUUUCGACUUCUGUGGAUGUUUUUAACCAAUUACCCUAAGAACCCACGUGUUGGUUAAUAGAGUCCAUUUGUGUACAGUUUGAUCUCAAACAUUUGGCAAGGCAUUGAAUGAACAGUGAAUUCAGCCACGUGAAUUUUAAGGUACAGUAAAGCCCCUGUGACUUAGAUAUCAGAUCCCUAAGGUUGUGGGGAGUCAUCAGACUCCAAUACCAAGCAAGCCCUGUGAUCUUCCUUCAUCUCAUUGCCUAGCAACGCUAGCCUCUGUGUUCGCCCGUAAUGUCCUCCAGACAUGCUCCCAUCUCCUUUGAUCUUAAAUCCGACCUAUAAAGUCCUCAAAGUAUCAUUUGAUGAAUAAAUCAACUGCACAUCAAAUGGUUAGCAAGGAAAAUGUCUUGUGAGGUAAAUAAAAAUUACAGAAAACCUUGUGAUGAUAAUAUGGUGAAAUUAUUGAAGCUCUGAUGUUGCUUUGUUCCUGUGGGUGGUGUGUGUGUGUCUGUUUUGUUUUAGGAGAUGGGAACUCCACAAGCCUGUAGCUCUUCCUGCUCUACUUUCUCUCAAAAUAACAUCUGCUAAAAAAACAACAACUGCGGUUAACUUUCUUUGGCCAGUUUAGCAGAACUGAAUGAAUAAGAUGUACUGGACAAAUCAUAAAGCAAGAUGCUCCGUCAUCUGAACUGAUACAAAAAAAAUUUCCUUCUUAUCUUUGUACUUUGAACACUGUAAUAUACAAAACAGACAGGAACUCCUGACUGCCCCUCAAGCUGUUGAGAGACUGAAAUUUGUUCCUUUAAUACCACAGAAGCAUUUGAAAAAACACCUACAGAUUUUUAAUUUGUAAUAUUUUAGAAGAACCAUUAUCAAACUGGUCAUGCUGUGUGAAUUCAUCCAUUAAUGCCAGGUGUAAGAGCAGUAAGUUGGCUUUAAAUACAUUAAUUACAGCUCAUUAUUGGCAGGACUAUCCUGUAUAUUCUCUUUUUUUUUUUCUCACAGGAUUUUUUUGUUAGAUAAAUGCCUGAGUUGCACUCAGACAUUUUUAUUGUGUUCUGUAACUAGUUGGUAGAAGCUAUCUCUAACUAGCUGUUAAUAUACCCUUGAUAGCUGGCAAGCUAGCUAGUUAAUGUUUUUGUGUCUAUCGUGGGUAAUUUAUCGUCAGUUGACUUCAGCAAUUUUUUACAUUUCACUGUAUCACUGGAGGUUUAAGAUUUUUAUGAAGUUCCAUUCAUAAACAUCUUAAACUGUUCAAUUGGGUUUCUGCAGUUGCCUGUUUUAUACAGCAAAAAAUAAUAAAAAUUUCAAUAUGUAUUGUGGAUAUUGUGCCCCGCUACUGAGUAGUUCAAUAAGUUAUUUUAGCAGCUUAUUGUCUGAAUAAAUUGUAGUAAAGUAUAAUUUAC